AUGGACUCAAAACUUAUAGAGCGCCUUGAGUCGAUAAAAAAAGGAGUUCAGGACUUUAAAAUUCCAGGUACACUUCAAAGACCUCCUUUGGAAGCUCGUACUAUCAUUAACAAAUACAAGUAUAAGACCAAGACUCAUAGGUCAAGGAAAAAUGCUCUGCUGCCUGAAAAAUUUCAAAACGUGGGGAAACUCUACGAAUGCGUAUAUAAUGUCCCCACUUCGCGAUUGGGAGCACAAGACUUCCAUAGCUCUUUGAAAUCCCUGGUUCAAAAUUCCAGGAGAUUGGCCGCCGUUGAAAAUAGCGCCAACCUUGCCGUGAUAGCAGCAGCUGGAUGGUCUGCAAUCCCGCUCCAAGACAUCGAGGACGGGCGCUUUUUGAAACUUAAGUGCCCUUAUUGCUGUAGCGUAAUCCAUUUGAAGGUGGAAGACUACUUGAGUACCGUCGAAUUCGAAAACAAGGCAGCGAGUCUUUUGGCCCAAGCGCAUAAGGUCGGAUGUCUGAAAUAUUCAAAGGGUUAUGAUCUCAAACGAAAUUACUACCUAAACCAAGGUAAUCUGUGUCUUGACUUUCGAAGAAUCUCAGACGAAUUGUGCAAAACGGUGUCUUUAGUCGUCGAGGAAAAAGUGCAUUGCGAUGCUGAGAAGCUUGGCCGUUUGAAGCCCAUUUUCGAGAGUGAACAUUGCCACUUUAGCCUCGAGAAGCUAAGUCUGGCCUUGAGGGGCUACACGUUGGUCAAUAGUUCUAUUGCGGAAUGCACGGGUUGCUACCACCGUGCAUUCGUCAAGACUUUUGAAGAUGUAAACUUCCAAGGGCAUGCGAAAUGGUGCAGAUAUCGCGAUGAAUCGAAACUUGUACAGAUGAUGCUAUCACAGAUGGACGAAAAGCCGAAAACUCUUGACAUGGAUCAACGGCUUUGCGACUUGGCAGAAGCGUUGACCAGACCUUCGAAUCAUAUAAAAAUUGAAUGA